AAGCAAGUUGUCUUCACACUGCCAAUAUCUGAGAGAUCUUCUGAAUUCCCUUUGAACUCCUUCUCCAUAUAGCGUUAACUCUUCGAGUUGUCGAACGCUACAAAAUGGCUCGGAACCGUGCAAACCCUGGCCCGGAGAAGCCAGUCGACGACAAAGUUGAGAGUGAAUUAUGUCAACUAGAAGCUGCAGAUGAUACGCAGUUCUACAACGUUGACCCCGAAAUCGAGAGGAAGGUCGUUCGAAAACUUGACUGCGUGAUUCUGCCUCUGAUGGUGCUCGUAUAUUUCUUCCAAUACCUCGAAAAGCAGACAAUUAACCAAGCCGCGGUGUUUGGUCUACGAAGUGACCUUAAGCUAACAGGUCAAGAGUUCUCAUGGGCUGUCUCGUUAUUCUAUCUGGGCCAGCUUUGUUCAGAAUACCCAGCUGCGAUCAUGCUCUCCAGAUUUCCGAUCACAAUCUACGUCGGAGUAACUAUCGUGAUAUGGGGUGGGGUAAAUAUGUGUCUGGCUGCUGUUCACAACUUCGCGGGACUGGCAGCGGUGCGAUUCUUCUUAGGACUAACUAUCCCACUAGGAACCGUCUCGCCAGCUUUCAUUAUUAUCACGAGUGUCUGGUACAAGCGCAAGGAACAUCCGAUUCGCGUCGCUACAUGGGUAUCAAUGAACGGUAUAGCCGAUAUUAUAGGUGCCCUCAUGAUGUAUGGUAUCGGAAAGGGACACAUGUCACUUGCCCCGUGGCGUUCCCUCUUCCUGAUAUGUGGAGGUUUAACCUCCGCGACUGGCCUCUUAUUCAUCUUCUUGAUGCCCCGAGAUACGACAACGGCUUGGUUCCUGAGUCCACAGGAACGAGAAGUGGCAACUCAGCGCAUGGCGAUCGAUCGCGCUACCCGAGACCAUGCAGUGUUCAGCAAAGCUCAACUCAAGGAGGCACUCUUGUCGCCGAUGACUUGGAUCUAUUGCCUGAUGGGAAUAUGUAUCACCGUGACGACCCCCAUAAUGAAGUACAGCUCCACCGUCAUACACGGCUUCGGCUACUCAACAUACAAAACGAUGCUCGUCGGAACACCUGCCGGAGCUUUCAACUUCAUUACCGUCUGGAUCGGCGCCAUCAUCCCUCGCGUUAUACCCGGAACACGAGUCUACACCGCCAUCGGUCUCUCCAUCGUCCCGCUCCUAGGAUCAAUAUUGCUCAUGACGCUUCCAUAUUCCGGCGGUGCAGACUGGGGAAUUGUGGUAGCGACCUGGCUCGGAGGAUGCAGCUCUUCCUUGAUAAGUAGCGCUGCCAGCAUUAUCGCGAGUAAUGUGAAGGGUAACACGAAAAAAGCUUGGACAGAGGAUGAUGCUCCUAGGUAUACGAAGGGUUGUAUUCUGAGUAUUGCGGUCAUGGCUUGCUUAAUCCUUACAUUUCUCGUUUAUGUGUUCAUGGUGAAGAGGUUGAACAGGAGGCGUGAUCGCAAAGCGAGCGAGGGGUACUUUGAGUAUAUCGUUGAUAGGGGCGAUGGGAGUGGCCGUAUGGGGGUUGCUGUGGAUUCGGAUCAUACGGAUGUUGAGGACAAGGCUUUUAGGUACACUAUUUGA